UAACUUUCUAGUACGCUCAACCAAAGAAACUCCCAUCAAUCUCAUCAUACCCAAAUGCAGCCUAUCAUCACUCAAUAUUCAACUUCUAAAUCUUCUUUCGUUGCUCCAUUUCUUUCUCUUCCCUCUUUAACACUGUCCAUUAAAUGGAAAUUCUCUAACAUCAACCAAUAACCUGUUUUCUCCCUUAUUUAUUUACUUAUUUUUUAAGUGAUUGUGUGUAGUUGUUUUCAUCAACAGUAAUAUCUGAAAAAAAAAAAAACUCAUCCACUGCAACAAGAAUUAUAAGAAAUCCAAGAUUCAGUACAAUCGAUUUCUCAGUAACUUAAUUCUCUCUCUUCUCUCUUUGCUCUAUAUUAUUGCACUACUAUUAGUCUCUUGCUAUCACAAGAGAGCAAACCCUAGAAGUUAAGUUAGCAAAAACAUCUUUCGUACGAACAACCAGAGCCGAAUAAAUAAACAAGAAGAAAUACUGUCUUAGUUCUUGCUCUUCAUCUCCAUGGAUUCAAUCCAAGAUAUGGACAACUCUAACACUGAAGACGCAGGAAGCCUUACCCCAAAUCUAGCCACACCCAAUAAUAACUCAGUUAUUGCAGCCCCUUCUUCAUCAUCUGCAUCCCCGACAAGUUCCAGCCGCUAUGAGAACCAGAAGCGACGCGACUGGAAUACGUUUGGCCAAUACCUUAAAAACCACAGGCCUCCUCUCUCUCUUUCUCGCUGCAGUGGGGCACACGUCCUUGAAUUUCUUCGUUACUUGGAUCAGUUUGGCAAGACCAAAGUCCACACACCUAUCUGUCCUUUCUAUGGACACCCGAACCCUCCUGCUCCUUGCCCCUGCCCUCUCCGCCAGGCAUGGGGUAGUCUCGACGCGCUCAUCGGCCGUCUACGCGCCGCCUUUGAAGAAAACGGUGGGAAUUCUGAGGCUAACCCAUUUGGUGCACGCGCUGUGCGGCUUUAUCUUCGUGAGGUUCGCGAUUUGCAGUCUAAAGCAAGAGGGAUUAGCUACGAGAAGAAGAAGCGUAAGCGCCCACCUCAGCAGCAACAAAUUCCCAGUCUCCCACAACCAUCAGGUGCAAGUUAAGCAUAUGAUGGAAGAAGAAAAAAUAAAGAAAAUCCGUAAGCAAGAAGUUUUUACAGUAUGGUCUGUUAUCUUCUUGUUGCUUGAUCUAUGUGGGGUAUUUUCUUAUUUCUGGUUAUCAAGAGUUAGUAUUAUGGUACUUUACUACAUGUAGAACUAGUCUUCUGGUUUUCUUUGUUGUGGUCUGUCUGUUUGGUUCUACAGAAAGUAAACGUUUAGAUCUGGGGUUACCCUUGAAUCUGCUUCAGAUGGGAACAGUGAUGAUGUUACCGGUAGGAGACUAGUAGUUAAAUACUAUAAAAGUGGUAGUAGGAUUGAUUGUACAAGCAGUUGUCGACUAUGUGGAACCGAGAGUAUCUAAUUGCCCUCCUUGUUUUAUGUACUUGAAAUAUUCAUCUAUGUCAAGCAGUAGAUUAUGUA